AACUAUCCCGCUAAUAAACAAAAUACGAAUGUACAGUCAAAAAUAUACUAGUCAAAAUAAGUUAUUUAAAUUUGCACUAACUUUUAUAAGGGCUUCUAUUUGUGAGCCACCACGUUGCUAGGCGCUUUUUGUUUUUGUUCUUCUGGAGAGCAGCGCACGUCAAACUUUCGGAAGUUUAUUCUUGAUGUAUCAUGUAACCAUAUUUCUUUUCAGAGACCAUUUUUUGAUUACAAUUACUUGUACUAGUUAUAAAGUCAACAUUAUUCACGGGAGUAUGAAUCGAUUAUACUAGGCGUUGUUUCGCAGUUGCCGUAAGGAUCAAAUGACAAAGUCCAUCUAAUAAAAACCGUGCUGUAGCUAAGCCUAGUUUGUCCGUGUCGCAAGUCUGUCUUGCUUUCCUUAUACUGCAACUCUUACAGUUGCAAAAACAAGCCACGAGGAGAAAACUGCCUAAAUGAUAUGCUUACGUGCGUUGUACUGAGUUUUUACUAGCCUACCUGAAAAGUCUCCGGACUCUUCCUCGUGGUCAAGGCUUCAUCGCUGAUGAUGGAUCAGUAUCAUAUUUUGGAGGUUAUCGGGGAAGGGUCAUUCGGGCGAGUGUACAAAGGCCGCAGGAAGUUUAGCGGCCAGGUCGUGGCUCUGAAGUUCAUUCCCAAAGUUGGCCGCUCAGAGAAGGACCUGCGCAGUUUGAAAAGAGAGAUUGACAUCAUGAGGGGGCUUAAGCAUCCCAACAUAGUGCUGCUUUUAGACAGCUUUGAGACAGAGAGGGAGGUGGUGGUGGUGACAGAGUAUGCAGAGGGUGAGCUGUUUCAAAUCCUGGAGGAUGAUGGCAGUUUACCUGAAAAUCAGGUGUGUGAAAUAGCCUGCCAGCUUGUUUCUGCCCUGUAUUAUCUGCACUCCCAUCGUAUUUUGCACCGUGACAUGAAACCACAAAACAUCCUGCUGGGAAAAGGAGGAGUAGUAAAGCUCUGUGACUUUGGAUUUGCUCGUGCCAUGAGUGUGUCCACCUUGGUGUUGACCUCUAUUAAGGGGACGCCUCUCUACAUGUCUCCAGAAUUAGUGGAAGAGAAACCUUAUGACCACUCCGCUGACCUUUGGUCUCUGGGCUGCAUCCUCUAUGAGCUCCACACGGGGGCGCCUCCGUUCUACACCAACUCCAUCUUUCAGCUGGUGCAGCUUAUAGUGAGAGAUCCAGUCAAAUGGCCAGAGAACAUGAGCCAAGACUGCUUGAGUUUUCUGAAGGGGUUGUUGAUGAAAGACCCAGAGAAGAGGCUGUCAUGGCCUGACCUGCUUCGUCACCCUUUUGUUGCAGAUGGAGUUUUAAUGGUGUCAGAUGAGGGUUCGAGCAACCCCCUUACAGUCCCACCCAGCCCAGACCGACAGGCCCUGAAACACCAGCAGGCUGCAGAGAAGACGACAGCACGCAAUGGAGAGGGCAAACUACUGCGCAAAGCUAGAGAGCUUCGAGAGAAAGAGAAGACUAACAAACGGAGUCAGACACGCUGUAAAACAGCUUCUGCUGGAGGAGCCCCCACCACUGGCCACUCAUUGGGCAGCACCUUUUCAGUGUAUCAAAAUUCAUCUCACCCAGGAACCAAUCAGCAUCAAGCAAAUGACAACAGUGUUACCAGGGUUCGCUCAGCUCCACACAAAGGCCAGAUCAGUAGAGACUACGAGAGGGAGUUCCCUUCUGUAGAGGUGGGACCCCGGCAAGUUAUGAAGCGGCCUGGGCCUGGACAUGUGCGGACCAGUCUGGCUUCUGUCAGGAUGGACAGUGAGGAACAAGAUAUCGACAGUGAUUCUGAGUGGCAACAAUUGAUUGAAUUAAGUGAUCAGGGCCCUGUGAACACCUCUAUCCUUCCGAGGUUAAAAACAAAACUGCUCUUAGCCAAAAAACAGCUAUUGGUCAGGAAAGGUGAAGAGGCCUCUUCAAUUCUACAGCCACUAAAGAUCCUCAGGAACAUUGUUCAGAGCUGUCAGUCCGGGGAUGUUGAAACAGUGAGCAAGGAGUUGGAACUGCCUCAUCUACUGUUCAGCCUGAUUGAGGACAUCCUGAACAUUCCAGAUCUAAUGCAGGAAUCCCAGGGUGAGAUAAUAUUAGAAGAUCUGAUGAGUGUUCUCAUAAUGUACCUGGAAAAGAGCCCGGGCUGGGAGAUAAAGGGCAGGAGAGCUGAGGAUCUCUGUCAGCUAUUUAUUUCGGUAUUUCUCUGUCGUGUCCAGAAGCAUUCAGCGCUUUUGGCAACAGCAGUCUUAACCUUGUUCACUCACCGUGGUAUAGCUGUGAAUGUUGGUAUAGAAAGGCUUACAAGCUUUUUGGGGAAUAUUUUGACAGACACGGCAGAGGCACACAACCCCUUACCUGCAGGUUGGGGAACAUGUGACGGCCUUCUGUCACUGAUUCUCCACAGACUGUCCGAGAGUGAAAGCAGCUCACUGCUCGACUUUCAGGACUCAGAGCUUUGGCCCUGCUUGUGGGCUAAAGUGAACACCACACUGGAAAACACAACAUCCCAGAGAUGCCAUUUCUCUCCUAAUGGUCUGUAUGUGUUCCUCUCUCUCGCUUUAUUGGUUUUCUCCAGCGAUCCAUACAACUGUGUGGCUCUCCUGUCAGAUAACUCCUGCUCUUCUGCCCUCAGCCACCUUCUCACCACCAGUUGCAGCGCUGCAUUGCUUGAGCACGGUCUUUUCUGGGGUGACUCAGAAAUAAACAGCAUAUCAGUGAUGAGCUGUCAUCUUCUCUGCAUCCCCUUCUCUUUGGAGUUAUCCUUAGAAAAACUUCUGUCUGUUCUCCGAUCGUAUCAAAGCGCAAAUAUUGUGGCCGGUCUAGUGCAGAUGAUUCAAACUCUUCCCGUUGCCCUGGUGGAGCUUCCGCUGUGUCUUCUGAAUCGUCUACUGCUAUCUGACCCACAGCACACCGCUCCAUGCCUUAUCACUGCAGCCCAGGCCUCCGCUUUCCUCCCUCACAGCACAGAAAGCCCAGACAAUGGAGCAGACCACACUCAGUAUCAACUUAACCACUUCGGGAAUGGUGUGGAGCAAUUUAAGAGCAAUAGAAUUGCAAAGAAAACCAAGAUGGAUCAAAUCAAAGGUGACAUCAAUUCGAAGAAGAGCUUACCGCGGCUCAAAGGCUAUGUAGAUGCAUCUAAGGAAAAAAAUGAUUCCCUAAAGGCUCAACACCAGCCAUCCAAAAGCAAGACUGAAAAGUUCAGGGAGGUGCAACCAAAAACCAAAAUAUAUCCGCAGAAGACCAUGGAACAUCUAAGAGAGAAAAUCAAGCAGCAGAGCGGUUGUAAAGAGGAGCUCAUGGACAGUUUGGAGAUCCAUGGCAGUUCUGCAGGACGUCUCCAAGAUCUCUCAGCUCAGCAAGGGUGCAGCAUCAGCUGGCUUAUGGACAGUCUGGAGGAGUUAAGGAGAAGUGGCGAUCACCCCAAGGUCUCCACGGCUAAAAUUCGAUCCUCACCAGAAGAGGUCAGAACAGCAAGUUCUCUGUUGGCUGUGCUGCUACAAAGUGAAGUUCUCUGUGGGUGUGCAGUGGAACUUCUUAUCCUUCUCUCCCAACUAACACUUCAUCUCACCCAUCAAUCUUCCUUCUUUAUUCCCGUAAAAAUCACCCAACUUCAGCUUGCGUUGCGCCACCAAGAUGAUGGAAUCCGAGCCGCAUGCUGUGGCUUGCUGGGCCGCCUGGGCUCAGGUGUCCGGCAGGUCAUUAAUGAAUCAAAGUUUGACCUAUUCCUGGACCUGUUAGGUUGCCUGUGCGAUCCUGCUUCAUCCGUUCGUAGGACGGCCUCCAAGGCGGUGGGAAACUGGCUAAGUGUAACGGGAAGCGAUCUAAAUAUUUCCAGUAAAGGUUUCAAGAAUACAACUGACAUAAAUGCCUUGUCGGCACAAGACAAAUCAAGGAGGACACCAGCAAUGGAAGGCGUCAGACAUAGUGAGGAAGACGUAUGGAUGGAGCUCAUCAUAGGAGCCGCCCCUCCCCUCGUGUCACUGCUGUCAGAUGCUGAUAAUGUCAUUCGACAGCACUGCUGUGGGGCCUUGGGUAACCUGGCUGCUUUCAGCGGAGGGGAUGGAGCACUUCUUAAUGUAGAUGCUCCAGGCUUGAUUCUCCAAACUGCCUGUAAUGAUUCCCAUCAUGCAGUGCGACGGGCAGCUCUGGCCACUCUGCGUGUGUUUAGCCAACAAAACACAUUGCUACAGGCUCUGAGGUCUCUAGAUGCAGGAAGAAAACUCUGUCGCACAUCCCAAAGCUCUUUAUUUCAGAGGGAUUAUCAAUGGCUUGUCAGCAAGUUGGACGGGUCAGUUGAAGGAAAAACAUAAAUGUCAGCCUCAUAGUUUGUGUGUAAGAGAGAGGAUGUAAUUUCACAUUAUCUAAAAAUGGGUUGCUGGCUGCUUCUGUGGCUGGGAUAGCUUUCUUUUUGUCUGUAUUUAUUUGAUCUGUGAUCAAAAGAUUUUGACGGAAUUUGAAUCUGUUAUGUAUUUUGAGAAAAUGGCAGUGACUCAGAAACACCUUCAAAAUAAAUUAAAAUGUAUUUAAAAUAUAAGGGUUUUUUAUU